AUGUAUACCUCUUAUGUUUGUGGUAUAAACUUUACAGAUUUAAUAUGUUAUAGUUGGAUCACAUUUUAUUUGACUAGUUCUUUAUUGAUGGACAUUUAUGCUCAUUUUAAUUUCCAUCUGCCCUCUUUCUAUCCUUUGUCUGUUCAUUGCAUAACAGGUACUUAUUUCACAUCUUCCAAGGAUUCAGAGAUGCAGAAAACCAAGGUCCUAUUUCUGUGUAACUUCAUGCAUAAAGUUGUUGAGAUAUAUCAGAAACAAAGAAAUGAAAUCUAUCUACUUAAAGGCAGUAGCACAGCUAAUCCAAAAGUAAAUGAGGAACUUAGAAAAAGAUUGCCAACUCCAGGUCAACAUAUUUAGAGAAAAUUGGAAAAGAAGAAACUCACUACAGCUUUAUUUGAGUACUUUUUAAAGAACACAGCGUUCUGUCUGUGAGACAUAGCCAUAAUUGUCUUGCACGGGAGAUCUCAGUGGGUGGUGAGAGUGUACCAAUAGAUGAGCAACUGACUAUGAAUUCUGAGCAAAAUAUGCACGGAUUAGGCAAUGAAGUCAAAUCUGAGGACCUUGAACUACCAGGGAGGAAACCCAGCAAUUUUCAAGUUCUCAGUCCUGAUCCAGAUAACGAGCCUUCUACAGAGUGCAGUAUUAUGGAAUGUGAAAAGAAUUGUGAAUCUGUGAUUUCUCAUCAAGUUAUCCCAGACUUAAAUAAGGAGACAUCAGCAGCAUAUCUUCAAAGAGAAUUGGAAAUUCUCAGAGCAAGCAAUAAAAAGCUUCAAGAAAAAUUGACUAACGAAGAUAAAGAAAAGAGAAAAUUAAAGCUCAAGUUGGAACUCCAAGAGAAAGCAGCAGAGGCUGAAAUUGCGGAAAGGACAGCAGCUUUGGUUGAAGAAGUGUAUUUUGCACAGCGAGAACGUGAUGAAGCUGUUAUGUGCAGACUGCAGUCAGCCCUUGAGGAGAGAGAUGAAGCAGUUGCACGUGUGAAGCACAUGGAAAUGUCACUAAAAAUGCUAGAAAAUAUUAACCCUGAAGAAAAUGACAUGACAUUACAGGAAUUACUGAACAGAAUAAACAAUGCAGACACUGGGAUAGCUAUUCAGAAGAAUGGAGCUGUAAUUGUGGAUAGAAUCUACAAGGCCAAGGACUGUAGAAAGAGAAUAACUGCAGAAGAGAUGAACGCAGUGAUAGAAGAGCGGGACGCGGCUGUAGCUCAGUGCAAACGGCUGCACCAGGAGCUUCAUCGUCUGAAAGAGCAGAACCAGACUUCAGCAAACAACACGAGACAUCCGACUGCUGAAAACAAUCAGGAACGUGCUCUGAAGGCAAAAUUAUUAUCAAUGCAGCAAGCCAGAGAAACUGCAGUUGAACAGUACAAAAGGCUGGAAGAAGAAAUACAGACACUACGAGUUUAUUACAGUUUACACAAAUCGUUGUCUCAAGAAGAAAACUUGAAAGAUCAGUUUAACCGUGCUCUUAGUACCUAUGAGGAAGCCUUAAGGAACAGAGAGAGCAUGGUUUCCAUCACUCAGCAGCAGAAUGAAGAACUGGCCACCCAGCUUCAGCAGGCUCUGACGGAGCACGCAAACAUGGAGUCACAGCUUCAGUGUGCUCUGGAGGCCUCCCAAGCAGCCAAUGAAAAGGUGCAGACGUUGGAAAGGCUGGUGGAUGUCCUGAGGAAGAAGGUUGGAACAGGGACUAUGAGGACAGUGAUCUGACUGAAAAACGCCCAGUCUGGGGGAAGCAGUCACAUCUGGUGACCAGGCUGCCUCAUUCAACACUGUGUAAACACUAAAAGCCUUAACUUAGCAAACAGUUGUUAGAAGUGGGACGCUCCAACCACAUUCCAAGCUGAGAUAAAAUCAGAUCACAAAUGUUUAACCACUUUGCUGCUGACUUCAGUUAUUUAGCCAAAUAUAUUAACUACAGGCUUUUACCAACUAUAACGUUGCAGCUUAUUUUGUAGUAAUUUUAUAUUUGUGACUUUAAUGUAAAUCUUUUACCAGGAAUACUAUAUAAUCGUGUGAAGUCAGUCAGGAUUGUACCCUCGCAUAUGGCCCUUUCUGAAUCAAAGUGCAGCAGAGUAAAUAUUGUCCAAGCCUUAAUCCACUGUGUUAGGUCAAAACUUCAAAUAAAUGCGUUUUCAGUAUAGAGUAUAUUUCUUAACUGAUGGGAGAAACUCAGACAUGAGAGAAUGUAGACUACAUUCAAUGUAUGUAUUCAGUUUUUAUUUUUAAUAUUGAAGAAGAAGUAUAGAUGUCAAGAAUUAAAUGUAUAAUUUGCUUUAAUAGUGCAUUAAGAUGGCAGUCACCAAGGCAUGAUUUUUAUUUUGCUAUAAAUAAUAUACACUGUUUUAAUAAAAAAGGUUAUUGAUGUUAUGCAUAAAUAUUAUUUGUAAUUUCUAAUGUUGAGUCCAGGUAAUUAUCUAGGCAUCACUUAAGCUGUAGAAUUAGUCAAGUUUCUGCUCAUAGUCUGUGACACUUUUGGCUUGAAAAUUAGCAUGAGUCAGUCAGCAUGUCUCUAUCCUAAAGGCAAGAAGACAUCAAACCUGUUAGCAUUCUUAUUAUUUUUUAGAUUAUGAUUUUUGCUGUGGUGGAAGAGAAUCUAAUACAUAAUAAACAAAAAUAAUUUCCAAUAUAAGAACUUAGAAAAAUCAUUCUUGCAAUUUGGUUCAAAUGUUCCACUUUUGAAUUUAUUUAAGAUAUAAAAUAAUAAAAGCAUGGCAGCCACUUCUCAUCAUCUUAUGUUAUGAAUAUUUGUGGAAUAUAGUGUCAGUUUUACAGGUUGGAUAGCUGAAAGGCCAUACUUGGAUCAGGAUGAAUUGAACAAAAAAAAUAAUGAAUGAGUUAAUGAAAAUUUUAUAGGCAGAAACUUUUCAAAGUUC